UCAUAAUACUGCGACUGUUUUUGGCCAGAAACCGUCGACCGUCGGUGAGCGAAGGGCACAGAUGUUGUCAGUGUUGUAAGUGAUUCAGAUUGAUACACACCUGCGGAUUUUGUUUGGAAUUAUAUCAGAAACAGUGGACCAACAUCUUUUGAGUGCGAUAACAGCCAAUGUCCUUCACACAAGCUGCGUUUUUACAGUCAGGAAAUUUCUCUUGAGUAAUGAAGGAAACCGGAGAAUUGAGCAAUUUAUCAAAACAAAACAGUUGAACAGUUUGCGUCCAACCAACCGUUCACUUCGCCGUUGUUUCUCUGCUGAAAGACCAGAUUACCUUCCAUGGAUGUGUCACAUUCCUGAUCAGACAGGAUGACAUCGGAGGCUUCGGUCUCGUCUCCCCCCACCAUGAGCAGCACUCCUGCCAAGAGGGACUAUUACUGGGUUCGCUCCUUUGUAGCUGGAGGUGUAGCGGGAUGCUGUGCCAAGACUACCAUCGCUCCUCUAGACAGAGUCAAGAUUCUUCUUCAAGCCCAGAACCCUCAUUACAAACACCUUGGAGUGUUUUCAACUCUUACGGCUGUUCCAAAGAAAGAAGGCUUCCUUGGCUUGUACAAAGGCAAUGGGGCAAUGAUGAUCAGGAUAUUUCCUUAUGGAGCCAUCCAGUUCAUGGCCUUUGACAAAUAUAAAAAGCUGCUAAGGACCAAGUUUGGCAUCGCUGGCCACAUCCACCGCCUCGUGGCAGGAUCUAUGGCAGGGAUGACUGCGGUAAUAUGCACUUACCCUCUGGAUAUGAUCCGAGCCAGACUGGCCUUCCAGGUGAAAGGAGAUCAACGCUACACUGGAAUUGUCCAUGCUUUCCAAACCAUUUACCUUAAGGAGGGGGGCGUCUUGGGCUUUUACAGAGGACUAACUCCAACGCUUAUUGGAAUGGCCCCUUAUGCAGGCCUGUCAUUCUUCACCUUUGGCACCCUGAGGAGCCUCGGUUUGAGCCGUUUUCCAGAGCUGCUGGGACAGCCCUGCUUAGACAACCCCGAUGUCCUCGUUCUGAAAACCCAUGUCAACCUGCUGUGUGGAGGGAUCGCUGGUGCCAUCGCUCAGACAAUAUCGUACCCCUUGGAUGUGAUUAGGAGAAGAAUGCAGUUAAGCACUGUGCUUCCUGACUCAGAGAAAUGUGGCUCACCGAUUAAGACCCUGAAGUACGUGUAUAAGGAAUACGGGAUCAGGAGGGGAUUGUACCGAGGCCUCUCUCUCAACUACAUCCGCUGUGUGCCCUCCCAGGCCGUGGCCUUUACCACCUACGAGUUCAUGAAGCAGAUGCUCCACCUGAACUAGCCGUCGUGUUUCGCAUCUUCCGUGCCUGCUCCUGGGCCCGUACGCUCUGAUUCAUUUAUCAAGUCGAAAUCUGUGUUUACUUCAUAGGGUGGCCGGGGGGCGGGGGGGUCACUCACUACGUCUUAAGCUCUGCAAUGUGGGAAUUGCCUUUUCCUUGAGUGCACUGAAGUUCAGCAGAGGAGUCAUUCAAUGCUGAAAAAGGAAAGAUCGAACAGUAGGCUGCUCCAUGUCUGUCUUAUCUCAUUCCCUCUCUCUUCGUGUUUUUGUGACUCAGUACUUUUAGGAGAUUGAUUAGUUUUUUAAUUCUUAUGUGCGCUUUAACUCUGAUGCUGACAGCACCACAGAUGUCCGCCUACGGCCAAGUGAUUACUUAAAAUGAUCAAAGUAGCCAAUUAAACAGUUAUAUUUCUGGCUCUUGUUUAUUCUGAGGAAAGUUGAGACCUCGGAGAGACUUUAUUUGUACUUGUAUGUUUGAGGAUGCCCUCACUUAAAUUAAUUUAAUUGUUUUACUUGUCUUUUUUUGCAUUUUCAUUGUUUAGUGGCUUUCAUUUGUGGUGCAGUAACUGGAAAAAGUUGCCAGCAAGUUGUGCGUCAUUGCCUUUUUUUUUUCCUACAUACAAAUCACAAAAACUAUCCACCUGUGCUAUUUUUUUCUUUUAAACGCGUAGUGAAGUGAACGGAUGAUUUUAGUUUAAAAACAACCACCCGUAAACGUUGCUAGACCUCAAACAGAGCAGUUACUGUAACCAUUUUCAAAAAUGUUUGCUUUUUAUGGUGGUUAUGUGGACUUAGCUGUAGUUCUGAUGAUAUUGAGUUUGUGAAUCGUUGCUCCGCUGUGAUCACAAAGAUAUUUUAGGAUGUUUAAGAUAUUAAACUUCAUAUGGAUGUUGGUGACAUGCGUCUGGUGGGACACAUUUUGCCGCAGGGAACUCAGGAGUAAUUUGCACUUCACCACUGUAGCUUUUUUUUUUUUCCAUCUUUUAUUUAUUGAUUCUUGCGACCUGUUGCCACUGGGUGGCAGCACUGACAUAACAUUUACUUGUUUACCAUCAUAGCUGGAUUGUAUAGCCUUUAUAAAACAAAAAUUCACACAUCAGAAACAGUUCAGACUACGUUGUGUAUUCUUUCUUUCUCUGUUUCGCUUAACCCAAGCAAGAUAAGGAGAGUCAUGUAUGCAGUAUUUCUUACGCAGUUCAGUCCCAGAAAGGCUGAGACACUUGUAUGUGAAUGGUGGAAGCUGCAGUCAUUAAACAGUGGUUUACAGCCUUAUGGACUUGUGACUCAAAUGCAUGAGUAGUCGUGCGUCUGUGGACAAAUUACUCAUGCACACAUUUUACCAUCAAAGGGGGAUAUAUUUUUGGUGUUUAUCUUGAAUAAGAAGGAGUAAAUUAUGCACUCUUUCCCAAGAAAAACACAAAAACUAGUCAACAGUCUUUAGUUUUCAUGUUUUGAUUUGCAAAAUGAGCAUGUUUAUGCUAAAAUGUUAAUGAGGCCAGGCCCUCAGGUUUGAAACCACUGCAGUGGAAUAUUGCAGGUUCCACUUUGGUUGUAGAGGAAGUGGGAUACUGAAAUAUCUCGAGUAAAAAGGUGUUGUUGAACAAAUGUGUGAAUAUAUAAUUCUCCCAAAUCACCCACAGAAGUGCACGUACAUACGGCUUGUAUGGAACUUCUGAUGAGUGACUACUUUAUCCAACUGUGCCCACCUUCCUGGGCUUAAGAGUACAAUCAUACGGUUCCACUGGUGACAAGUGGCAGCUGCCAUUUGUGCUUUCUAUGCUGCCACUGAUUCAUCCCCUGAUGUUUCCAUCUCUGUUUCUGAUUGUUUGGUUUCAUGCACACGAUGCAUCUCUGUUGUAUAGCUCUCUGAAGUCUCGCUUCAGUUCUGUCAGAUCAACUCUGUUCUUGCUGCUUGCUGCUACUGAUAAAGGGUUAUUAUAGUUAUUUAUAUGUGUAUGAAUUCUGAUAUGCUGUAAUAUCUAAUCAGGUUAUGUUAGAUGCGACUGAAACGAGAUGAAUAGUUCUGAGCGUGAACAAUGAAGAUGCCUUUUUCUUUGGUUUUUCAGUUUUAUUUUCUGUCUUUGUACCCGUUUAGUUUUACCUGUUGUGCUUUUCAUAAGCAGUGUCUGAAUUAUAAUACAUGCCAUCUUCUCAAAACAAA